AUGUUUUGGACAUAUAGUGUGGUUGUUCUGAGUGUGUGUGUGUUCGUCAGGACUCAAGUUAUUCCGGGGAAGUCCAGGACUAAUGAUGGUGACUUUAAUAAUGUUAACGCUGAUGGAUCUUUUGAUUUCGGCUAUGCAAACAAAGAUCGUGGUGGCAGUUACCACUUGGCGCAAGGUAAUUCGAAAGGAUUAGUCGGAGGAAGAUUCGGUGCCAGAGAGCCUGGUACUGACGAAGUCAAAGAAACCAUUUAUACUGCUGGACCUAGAGGAUUUCGCGCCAAGGGUCCCAACGUUCAUCGAAAGAUAGAUCUGGAUCAACGGCCGCGAGGUCCCAUUGGAAAUAAAGACGAUCCCUAUUUUGAUCCCAACGAAGAUCCCAGUUAUGCGUACAAAAUAGAAACUAGGACUUACUCCAAAAACGAGAAUGCUGACAGCAGAGGAGAUGUCAAAGGUCAUUACUCCUACGUGGAUGACAUCGGAGAGCGACACGACGUGUCCUACAUAGCUGGUCGUGAUACAGGUUUUCAUGUAUCAUCAGCCAACCCUGACGUGCCCAGUCUUAUUGGGUCACCUUUUCACCGAGCGCCUCUAGUUAGAGGGGAGAGCAAAUCUCGAGGACGUACUGCGGUACAAAGAGGAUUAGAUGGUUCAUAUAGAUUCAUUUCUGCCGGACCUGAUCAACGGAGAACGGAAAGUAGUGACUCACACGGUAACGUUAGAGGAUCCUACACAUUUUUAGAUGACAAAGGUGUACAAAGGACAGUACAUUAUAUAGCGGGUCCAGGUAUUGGUUAUCGAAUCGUGAAGAACAGCAACGAUCCCUUCAUUCCAUCCUAUUUCCCAACUAUACCUAGUCCUUAUGAUCCGGCGUUUAACGCAGGGGGCAGCGCUGGAGCACCUGCUUUCGCUCCCAACGAUGAAAGUAGCGACGAUGUCUUCAAAGGACCCGAUGGCACUGCAGCGUCAGGGCACGUUAAACCACCUCCUUUCCCUCCUUCCGAAUCAGAGAGACCUAGUAAUACUGGUAGCAUUUCAACAGUCAUUGAAACUCCUGAUGAUUCAGAUAGCAACGGUUACGACACAGGUCCAAGUUUUAAUCAAGAACCCGAUAAUACAGAAUUGGGUUACGUUGACGAGGACGCUUCUAGUUUUCAAAAUCAAAAGCCAACUCAAGGACCAGGCAAACCGUGGCGACCAGACAACAAACCGUUUAGACCGUCGAAGAAACCGUUUAAACCGAUAAAACCUUACCAAGAAACGAAUAGUAAUAACGACAAUUACGCCGGUGAUAAAAGUAAACCAGAAUUUGCUGUAGGAUUCAAUAUACAUCACACGAAACCUGGCACAACGAUCAUUAGGAAUAUAGGUGAAGAAUACUUCGGCAUACCUCCUGGUGUGUCUGUACGAGCUCAUGUACAAAGCAUCGAUCUAUAUCCCUUCGGUUCCAAACCAAUAUCACCAUCAGAGGCUUUGGAAAAUGACCAAACAUACUCCACAUCGAAUUAUAGAAUCCCAAAUUAUGUAUAA